AUGUCCAUUCAAGACAAAGCAAAAGCUAAUUUAAAAAAACACAUCAAAAACUUACACUUGAACAACGAAGACGUUAAAUGGUACAAAUGCAAUCAGUGUUCUUUCAAAACUAAGUAUAAAAUAUCCUUAAACGUACACGUAGGAAUCAAACAUCUAGAUGAAGAAAAAAUUAAUUGCGCCAAAAUGGAAGCUUAUCACUGUAAAGACUGUGAUUUUAAGACAGAAGUGACACUUGUGUUUGAACAACACAUUAAUGAACAUCACGGCCCUAAGAGAGAAUCUAGAGAGGAAACAUCUAGUGAGGAAUCUACUUGUGAGGAAACAUCUAGUGACGAAACAUCUAGUGAGGAUUCCAGCAUAGAAAACUACGUUGGCGCAAGAUAUUGCUUUGAGCCAAAUCUGUCGUUAAAGUCGUUUGAGGAUACUUCAGCAUCCACGGGAACGGAAGAAAAUCUUCAAAGUGUGAGUUCUUUGAAAGAGAGUGCCACACACAAUUCCGACUUCAAGCAAACUGAUGAAAUACCUUUGUAUAAGUGCGCUAAAUGUUCCUACAGAUCUGAACUCAAGGAAUCUUUAAAACAUCACAUUGAAAAUAGUCAUGCCAGCAAACAAAUCCAUUUAGAUGAGCAAGAAGCUGAAUGGCACAAGUGCCAAAAAUGUCAGUUCAAGAGUAGAGCAAAAGGGGAUUUAAGACAACACAUAAACUACAUACACUUGAACGACGAAGACGUUAAAUGGUUCAAAUGCAAUAAGUGUGAUUUCAAAACUAAGCGUGGAACAGCUUUAAAAAGCCACGUAAUUGUCAAGCAUCUAGACGACUCAGAAAUUAAGUGGACAGCCUGUGACGACAUCCUCCUGUCACACAUCUCUCUCGUGCAUGGAGGGAUUACAAGGAAGCUAUCCUUGGCUGAUCACUAUUUGAAUUUUGCGCGUCUAAAUUUUAGGAAUUAUCAAUCGCAACACGUGGAAAAUCUUCACAAUUGUAAAGUGUAUCCUUAUUUUUCAUCUUCGCUUUUCCUUAUGGCCAACCACAUGAGAAGACACUGUUUCCCCCAGGAAACAUUUACUUGUAACAACGCCAAAAUAGAAGCUCAUCACUGUAAAGACUGCGAUUUUAAAACAGAACUAACAGUUUUGUUCAAACAACACAUUCAUAAAUAUCAUAGGCUUAAGAAAGAAUAUAAAGAUGAUUUAUUAUGUGCCGACUUCCGCAUACAAACCUACGCUUGCGAAAAAUGCAACUUUAAAACAAAUCUGUCCUUGAAGUGGCUUCAGCAUACUUCAGAAUGCACGGGAACGAAAGAAAAUCAUCAAAGUGUGAGUUCUUUGAAAGAGAGUGCUACAUACAAUUCCAACUCCGAGCAAACUGACGAAGUACGUUGGUUUUAUUGCGCCAAAUGCUCCUACAAAGGUAAACUCAAAAAACAUUUAACAGGUCACAUUUGGGAUUCCCAUUCGACCAAGCGGCAUGAAUGCGACAAAUGCUCAUAUAAAUGUAAAAGAAAAACGAAUUUAACACGUCACAUAAAUAACUUGCAUUUGAACCACAAAGACGUUAAAUGCUACAAAUGCAAUCACUGUUAUUUCAAAACUAAGCAUGAAGAAGCUUUAAAAAGGCACGUACAAGUCAAGCAUCUAUAUGACGAUGACGCAAAAAUUAAGUGUCCCAAUUGUUCCUACAGAACCAAACGAGCAUCCAAUUUAAAAAGUCUUGUAGUUUAUAAUCAUUUGAAUGAUGAGGAAAUUAAGUGGUGCAAAUGUGAAAACUGUUCAUACAAAGCAUCUUUGAAAAUUAGCAGUGAAGUAAAUGUCGUCGUGAAUUCGAAGAGGGAAAUGCUGAGUUUAUCUUUUAUGUGUUCUAUGGCUUCAAUUUUGGAACGUUUAAACUCGGACAUGCCUCUCAAAGCGACGUGUGUACCGAACGACAUUUUGUGA